AUGGCUGGGAUGAUGGUAGCUCCCUCUUUGGAAGCUCGUCAUGAUGAAGAAUAUUCAGCUGAAGCCGGACGCCAAAGUUUAGGAAAACUUCGAAUCCAGAAAUCAUCCUCUCAACUUCUCCAAUCUUCCGCUGUAUCUGUCACGAGAAUCACAAGCCCCACAAAUAAAACAUUCGAAACCGAAGAAUGUUGGCUUUUCGGUGAAUUCAUCAGCACGAAUUACGGAAAUGCUGAUGCUCAUGACCUGCCUAAAAUUCAAAAGCGCAGGUGCCAGAUCGUGCAAUAUAGACAACAUAGCUCCUCGGAGAGUUUAUGUGGAUCAUCGGAGGUUGCGAUUGACCGAAUGGCAAAGCCAAGGUUGAUUACGAUCCCGAAAUCCACAUCCUGUCUUGCUGUUCCAUGUGGCAAAUCUGAAGCGGAUGCAUUCGCCCAAUCGAUUCCCGCGUCUAAAAAACUUCCAUCUGCAUUCAGCUGCUUGAACCUCUCGCCGCACACCGAACGACCUCCCGGGUCUGGCGAUGAUAGUGGCUGCGCAGGCCAAGGAUCUUACAACUCUACUGGUGAUACAUCCCGACUAUCCCUGAGUGACCCGCCGGUAGAUAGCUCAUCAGGAUUAUUACGCCGUAUUAGCUUUAAGAAACAGAUUCCGCGAUGGAUACAGAAAAAUUCCCCGUUACACAAGAGUGGUUCCACGGCGAGCCGAAACAAAGACACAACUCACAAGAGAGCCCUGAAGACAGCAUCCUGGAGUGCGGGCUGUGCACUUGAUCACCUCGAAACAUUGAUAAUGCAAACUCCCUUGCCAGUUUUCGAUCUCUCAUCCCCAGUCAUUACAUCUAUGCGCUCAACAUCUGAAAAAGCCCUCCUAACCCCAUUCAAAGAAAUUUUUCCGGGGGCACCAGUUGAGAAGCUCAGCUCGCUAUGCGCCGUUUUCGUCGCUCAAAUAUACCUGUCUUCACUAGAGGCAUGUCAGAAUAAUACGAAUGGCAACCAUACCAUUAUUGGAAGUGUCGUGGACGGUAUCUCUGGCAAAGCAAGGGCAAGAUUAGGGUUUCCUCCAUCGAAGACUUCGCAGGUGCGCGUUCAAGAACGCCCUUCGCAUCCGAGAUAUGCGAAUAUCCACGACCGUCUUAAUGAAGUUGCGGAUGCACUCCUGGUCGAUUUAUGUGGGACUUCCGAUUCUGGCCUGAAGAGGGCGCUUAUGUCCCUUGUUCAACUAUUUGAGAGCAACAAAAAGCUUGCACUCAUGUAG